UUGCUCCGAGAAUAGAAAUAGAAAAGCUUAUUGUGGAUGAUGCUGCUUUACCGGCUGUACAACGCGUGAAUUAUAGAAGCGCUGGUCACGCGUUCUCUUGCAUUGUUAAAAAGAAGGGAAUCUCAGCGCUGUGGAAGAGUCGAGACAGAGUGACGAUGGGCACAUUAAAUUUCACGACCUUCCUCCUGUCAUAUAAUCAAUCGUUCUGUUAUCUUAAGGAUUCUGUUCACCUUAACGAAUCAUGUGCACGCUUAGGGGCGACUCUGGUUUCGGGGCUCGCUACGCCGAUCUGCAGUAAUACAUUCAGAAAUUUUGCUGCCUUCAUGCAAUUCAUCAAAUCCCAGGCAGGUCAGAGGCCUCCUCCCAUGAGCUCCAUUGAUUGUGCCUUCAACAUGCUGAAGUUCGGGAGACAUUUCAAUUUCUUCUCAGGCCUCUCUGGCUAUCUACUCACUUGGUCGCCUUUUUUUAUGACCAUGUCGCUAAUGCGAGACUCGCUCCAGGAAAUGGAGGAGCUCAUUGGGUGGUAAUUCCGGCAACUCCCCGCGCCCAGUUUUGGCAGCUUCACCUACAUACUUAUCCUGCGCCGACCGUUCUGUUCAGCUGAUGCAAAAAUGGAACUUACCACUAUUGUCGCCGGAUUUCUUUAUUACCAAGACAGGGCCUUUUCGAUCCGCAUCGUGCUGCAGUAAAUUGGGUGUGGUUCGAGCUUGAUGUAGCUCCUUUAUCGUUUGAUUUCAGUCGCCUACAUGCGACUUAUAACAUUUGACAGAUAGGCCUAGC